ACAAAAUGUUGGGUUGUGGAGCAUAGACAUGUGGACAAUAACUUAAAAUUUUGUCAGGGAUAGUACCAUGGGAAAGAUAAAAGAAAAGAAGAGUGGUUCAGCAGUUGUCUAGCUAGUCUGAAUGUUCAGCUAUACAAUAUAUGUAAGGCCUUACCACCUUUCCUAAAUCACUCCCUAGCCUCCUGCAGUACUGUUGCUUUGUUCCACUGUGUCGCAUUCUUACACUGCAUUUCUACCGGCUGUGGGGCACGGAUUUUCAACAGGAUCAGUUGCGUCCAUUUCUGUCUGCUUUCUGAUUGAUUGAGAUGAGAUCUACUAGGAAGGAAAAAUCUGCUUCAUCUGAGUAAUCCCAUAUAUACUGCUCUUCUUGAAGCACUCCUUGAUCGGUGAAUGUCAACACAUGAACCAGUAUUUCUGUUGUAGCAGUGCAGUCUGCGGUUCUCUCUUGAUGACUGGCUCAUAAUGUUCUGUAAUCUAUUCUAUACUCUGGCUUAUUCAAUCAGAUUCCUUUGGUCUUGAUUAAUCUCAGUUUAUUGAGAUCUUAAGUACAAGAUGGGACCGAGCAACCUGUUAACCUGUGCAAGAUGGUUGCUACUAUACUACUGAUCCUUGUUAUGUACCAUAUGUUAUUUUUGUGCUGAAUGAUCGCUCUGUAAGGCUGCAUUUUUUACAUUGAUCAAUUAUAUAUGGUGGAUUACCCCUUUUGAGUUUGUCGGAUGGCAACAAUAGUAGACACAUUGGUUGGAUCAUGCAUCAAUAAGUUGCAAGCGAUCAUUACAGACAAGACAAUACUCAUUUUAGGGGUAAAAGAUGAGCUUGAAGAACUGCAACGAAGAACAAACGUCAUAAGAUCUUCUCUUCAGGAUGCUGAGGCAAGGAGGAUGGAAGAUUUAGUAGUUGAAAAAUGGCUUGACCAGCUAAGAGAUGUUAUGUAUGAUGUUGAUGAUAUUAUUGAUUUGGCUAGAUUUAAAGGAAGUGUCCUACUGCCUGACUAUCCUAUGUCAUCGUCAAGGAAAUCAACUGCUUGCAGUGGCCUUUCACUUUCAUCCUGCUUUUCUAAUAUUCGUAUACGUCAUGAAGUUGCUGUAAAAAUUAGAAGCCUGAACAAAAAGAUCGAUAACAUUUCAAAGGAUGAGGUAUUUUUAAAACUCAACCGCAGACAUCAUAAUGAAAGUGGUUCAGCAUGGACACCAAUAGAAAGCUCCAGCCUAGUUGAACCCAACCUUGUGGGCAAGGAGGUCAUACGUGCUUGCAGAGAAGUGGUGGAUUUGGUGCUUGCACGCAAGAAAAAGAAUGUUUACAAGCUUGCUAUUGUUGGAACAGGAGGAGUUGGUAAGACAACACUAGCUCAGAAAAUAUUCAAUGAUAAAAAAUUAGAAGGGAGAUUUGACCAUCAUGCAUGGGCUUGUGUUUCCAAGGAGUAUUCUAGGGAUUCUCUUUUGAGACAAGUUCUUCGUAAUAUGGGAAUUCGAUAUGAGCAAGAUGAAUCAGUUCCAGAGCUCCAAAGAAAGAUUAAAUCACACAUUGCAAAUAAAAGUUUUUUUCUGGUGUUGGAUGAUGUGUGGAACUCUGAAGCAUGGACAGAUUUACUAAGCACUCCACUUCAUGCAGCCGCCACAGGAGUAAUUCUAAUAACUACUCGAGAUGACACUAUUGCUAGAGUAAUUGGGGUGGAGCACACUCAUAGGGUUGAUUUGAUGUCAGCUGAUGUAGGAUGGGAGCUGCUUUGGAGGAGCAUGAACAUCAACCAAGAGAAACAAGUGCAAAAUCUCAAGGACAUAGGUAUUGAGAUUGUUCGCAAAUGUGGUGGCCUUCCUCUUGCAAUCAGAGUUAUUGCUACAGUUUUAGCAAGCCAAGAACAAACAGAGAAUGAAUGGAGACGGAUAUUGGGGAAAAAUGCCUGGUCCAUGAGCAAACUUCCUCGUGAAUUAAGUGGUGCUUUAUAUCUGAGUUAUGAAGUGCUGCCGCACCAACUGAAGCAAUGUUUUCUUUAUUGUGCACUUUUCCCUGAAGAUGAAACCAUUUUGCGCGACAUUCUUACUAGGAUGUGGGUUGCUGAAGGCUUUAUAGAUGAGGAAAAAGGACAAUUACUAGAAGAUACAGCAGAGAGAUAUUAUUAUGAGCUGAUCCAUCGGAACUUGCUCCAACCAGAUGGUUUAUAUUUUGACCACUGGAGCUGUAAGAUGCAUGACCUCUUAAGGCAGCUUGCUUGUUAUUUGUCUAGAGAAGAAUGUUUUGUUGGGGACGUAGAGUCACUAGGGACUAAUACUAUGUGCAAAGUGCGGCGUAUUUCAGUUGUCACAGAGAAGGACAUGAUGGUGUUACCUAGCAUCAAUAAGGAUCAAUAUAAAGUGCGAACGUAUAGAACCUCCUAUCAGAAGGCACUGCAAGUUGAUAGUUCACUUUUCGAGAAACUUACAUAUCUUCGUGUUUUGGAUUUGACUAACUCACAUGUACAAAGAAUCCCAAAUUACAUUGAAAACAUGAUUCAUCUGCGCUUGCUUGAUCUUGAUGGGACAGACAUUUCUCAUCUACCGGAGUCCAUUGGUUCCCUGCAAAACCUUCAAAUAUUGAACUUGCAGAGGUGUAAAUCUCUGCACCGCCUUCCUUUGGCAACCACUCAGCUGUGCAAUUUGAGGCGACUUGGUCUUGCUGGUACUCCAAUAAACCAGGUUCCAAAAGGGAUAGGAAGACUGAAAUUUCUCAAUGAUUUAGAAGGAUUUCCUAUCGGUGGUGGAAAUGACAAUACCAAAAUACAAGAUGGAUGGAAUUUGGAAGAGUUGGCUUAUCUUCCACAGUUGAGGCAGCUUGGUAUGAUAAAAUUGGAGAGAGGUACUCCACGCAGCAGUACAGACCCAUUUCUACUAACAGAGAAAAAGCAUCUCAAAGUUCUGAAUCUAGACUGCACUGAACAGACAGAUGAAGCAUAUUCAGAGGAAAAUGCUAGAAACAUUGAAAAGAUCUUCGAGAAGCUAACACCUCCACACAACUUAGAAGAUCUUUUUGUUGGGAAUUUCUUUGGUUGUAGAUUCCCCACCUGGCUUGGUUGUACCCAUUUGUCUUCAGUGAAAUCUGUGAUCCUCGUAGAUUGCAAAUCUUGUGUGCAUCUUCCCCCAAUCGGACAGCUACCAAACUUGAAAUACCUAAGAAUUAAUGGAGCAAGUGCAAUCACCAAGAUUGGACCCGAAUUUGUUGGCUGCUGGGAGGGUAAUCUCAGAUCCACAGAGGCAGUUGCUUUCCCCAAGCUCGAAAUGUUGAUCUUCAAGGAGAUGCCCAACUGGGAGGAGUGGUCCUUUGUUGAAGAAGAAGAAGUGCAGGAGGAGGAAGCAGCUGCAGCAGCCAAGGAAGGGGGAGAGGAUGGAAUUGCUGCUUCGAAGCAAAAGGGGGAGGAAGCCCCGUCUCCAACUCCAAGGUCGUCGUGGCUGCUGCCUUGUUUGAAGCAGUUGCAACUUGUGGAGUGCCCCAAGCUGAGGGCUCUCCCUCCACAGCUUGGACAGCAGGCCACCAACUUGAAGAAACUCUUUAUAAGAGACACAAGAUACUUGAAGACGGUGGAAGACCUCCCGUUCCUCUCUGGUUGCCUUUUAGUUGAAAGAUGUGAAGGCCUGGAGAGGAUCUCCAACCUUCCCCAAGUAAGAGAGCUGCGUGCAGGUGGUUGCCCCAAUUUGAGGCAUGUUGAGGAGUUGGGUGGUUUGGAGCAGCUAUGGCUGUCAAAGAAUAUGCAGAAGAUCUCUUCACUGUGGGUCCCAGGGCUUGAGGAGCAACAUCGCCAGCUCCAUGGAGAUGAGCAUAAGUUGGAGGUCAACGAGUAGUUAUGGAGACACUUCUAGAGACUCAUCCAGUCUUAUUUUCAAUGACGGAAUAGUCUACUGCUACCAGGUCUUUGAAAGUUUUCUUGAAACUGCACCUUUGUCAGGCUACUGCAUUUUUUUUGUGAUGGAAUAAUUAUGAAAACACUUUCAGAGGCACAUAAACUCUGUUUCUCUGUUGGACGAACCUGAGUUGGAAACCAGUUUAGUUUGAGCUCAUUUCAACCCCUUCUUUCACCAGAAGCAAUUGGGUUAAACCCAAGCACCAAUCAUUCUCCUGUCAGUCCUUAAUGACAAGCCUGCAGGACAAGGAAAUCAAUGAAGAUCACUGAGGCAAAAAUAUAUUUAUCCUCCCAUCAUGAUAGAAACUGAUUGUGCUUUGUGAAUUGUGAUCGAGAGGAGAGGAAAUGGUGGAUAACCUUCCUAGUCAUUCCUUUGUACUGACAAUGUUUCAGUACUUGAGGAAAUCUCAGUGAUGAUACCUCGUAUUGACAAUCAAUACCUGUGUUAAUAGAUGGAUACAACACAUCUUUGACUGAAAUUUGCAUCGGCAAUGAUUGUGUCCAAGGCUCUUUCUCCACCAGCUGCUGCUUAUGUGGGAUGGAACCCAUGUAUAACUUGAGGAAGAGAAGUAAAUCCACCUUUUGUUUAUUUCAUUGAAUUCAUCCUUUUUCCUUUUGAACACUGAAAAUAACAGCUUGUAUGUCUUUAGGAUUGGUUCAGGAAAAUGUUAUUAUGACAGUGCACUAGCUUUUCACCUUGUUAUCCCAUUACAUUGUUAAAUUAACCAUGGUUUUAUUGCCUU